AUGCUCAACUUUACUGGCCAAACCAAGAGGCGUAAUGUCAAUCUUGGUAAUAAAUCGAAGAAGUCUAGAGAAGAAAUUCUGGAAACUGCUAAAAAGGAGCGGGAGAAAAGAGCUUUGGAUAAAAAGAGAACCGAAAGCGCCCAGCUAAUUCAGUCUAGCAUCAGGAAGCAUCUUAGCAAUAGUACGUUAUACCUGAAUCUGGUGUCAACCAUAACAGCUGAGAAUGCCACUAGAAUAUUCAUUGCAUACUCCGUACCAAUAUUUUACAUCGUCGGACCAUCUGGGAUUCAAACUAUUCUAAAUGUCCUCAUAAAUGACAGGCGUUUAAUCAAUGUCAAGAUACUAAGAUUGAUUGGUAUUGUUGGAGAAAAAACAGAAAGCUCUUAUUUGGUGGACAUUCUACUUUCAAAGGUGAACCUCAAGUUCCCAUUUCCGGGUCUUUUUGUUGCCAGUAUAGAGGCGCUGAUGACAACAGCAUCGUUUUUGAUCCCUCACUCAACCAUGUUAAAGAUCAUGGACCUCAUCACACAUUUUGGAGUUAAUGACUCUGGAUUGAUGUCUCGUUUAUUUGCCAUGCCUCGUAAUGAAGCUCGAUUCCCAGAUAACGUGGAUCAUUUCAUGACCACAAUAGGUUCGCGCUUUCAUCCAAAAACCCUCCUCCCCGAUACAAAUACAUUGGCCUUCGUAGAAAAUCUGUCUCAGAUUUAUUCUACGGUAGAUAGCUCUCGAAAGGCUAUCUUUGGACAUUGGAUACUCUCCAGCCUUUCCCGACUUACAAGAGGAGCAUUGGUUCAGUCAAAGAGUUUCAGAUCCUUAUACUCUCGCGAAUUUAUUAACUAUCUUGCAAACUUAGACUCAGAACAAGGAUUUGAGAAAGCAUCGUGGUUUGUUCGUCAUUCACCAGAUAAUUAUUGCAAAAACAGCGUACUUAUUGCACUUAUUGCGAAGAGAGGUUAUGUGAAAGAACUUCAUGACAAUGUCUUACGCCAGCAGCCAAUCGAAAUUCAAUCAAUGAACUGCGAAUAUUUAUCAUGUACAUUGCUUUUGGUCGAUUUAUUGGAAAUUUACCUUUCUGUGUCAAGUGAUUACGAGCUUUUGAAUAAUGAAGAAACAUACCCCAUCGCGAAUCUUGUUCAACUGACUAGCUUUAUUAAAGACAAUGUCUUUGAAUUUUUAUGGAAUGGAGAAAAAUAUGAUACUAGCCUCGCCGAUGCAUUCUUGCAAAUACUGAGGAAGAUUUAUUUGAGAGAUUCGAGGCUACAUUUUUGUCCUAGACAGAAGGAUAAGAGCUUUUGGAGUAAUGAUGAUGCCGAAUUCUUGCAAGUAAAUAUCAGCAAGUACAUUGAGGAAUAUGAGAAAUUCUACAGGAAUCAUAGUAGGAUAGGUGGCGAUGAAGAUGACGUCGAUGCUGCUGUUGAGCAGAAUGACAUGAUUAUCAGAGAGCAGUUUUUGGAUAGUUUAAGAGCAUCUUUUACUAAUCGUACACCUACAAGGCAGUUCAGAAAACUGGAAAUAUUAUCUAGAGCACCCUUCUUCAUUCCUUUUCAACAAAGAGUAGAAUGGUUUUAUAUGCUCAUUUCUCUCGAUCGGCACCGGUUAAACUUAGAUGGGAGUGACCCGAUGAAUAUGUUUAUGCCUUGGAACGCAAAUCACAACAACAGUCGACAGCAAGCAACUAUCUCAAGAGAAAGUGCCUUGGAUGAUGCUUUCAAAGCAUUUAAUCCGAUAGGUGAAAGUUUUAAAGCAAGACUUUCAGUUACAUUCGUGAAUGAAUUCGGGCCGGAAGCGGGAAUUGAUGGCGGUGGGAUCACAAAGGAAUUUCUGACAAGUGUUUCGGAUGAAGGUUUCAAGGAUGUGAAAUAUCAUCUCUUUAAGCACAAUGAAAGGCAUGAGAUUUAUCCAUCUGGCAAGAUUGAUUCACCGCAGCAUCUCAAAUAUUUGUGGUUUAUGGGUAAAGUGCUAGGGAAGUGUCUCUACGAACAUGUUUUGAUAGAUGUUUCUUUUACAGACUUUUUCCUGAAAAAGAUUUUGAAUAGCCAAAAUCAAUUUUAUUCAUCGUUUGACGAUUUGGCUAGUUUGGACGCUACCUUGUACGCUAAUUUGGUCAAGCUUUUAGAAAUGAGCACAGCGGAACUGAGGGCUUUGGACUUGCAUUUUGAGGUAACUGACGAGGACUCGCUGCGUAACGUAGAACUCAUACUCAAUGGGUCUAACACUAAAGUAGAUAAAUCAAAUGUCCUUCAAUAUGUGCUUUCCGUUGCCGAUUUUAAGCUAAAUCGUAAGCUAAAUAAGGCUACCCGCUAUUUUUGUGGAGGCUUAUCCGUAAUGAUUCCACUUCAUUGGGUGGGUAUGUUCAACUCUGUAGAGUUGCAGAUGCUGAUAUCUGGAGGCGGGAAGGAUAUUGAUCUUAAUGACCUCCAUGCCAAUACAGAAUAUGGCGAUUACUCCGAACAAGAUAAGACGAUACAGUAUUUUUGGCGAAUUUUGGAGGAAUUUACACCCGAGCAGAGACUCAAGUUUGUCAAAUUUGUUACAUCCGUUCCUCGUGCACCAUUGCAAGGUUUUGGAUCUCUCGUUCCCCGCUUUGGGAUUAGAAAUGCGGGAAGCGAUAUUGGCAGGUUACCAACGGCAUCAACCUGUGUUAAUUUAUUAAAGCUUCCUAAUUAUAAAGACAAGCACCUAUUAAAGGAUAAGUUACUCUAUGCGAUCAAUGCCGAGGCCAGAUUCGACCUUUCCUGA